GAGUCUGGCCCUGUGCUUUCUGCUGCUGGGUGCCAGCAUGCAAGAGACUGCUUCUCCAGCUCCGGAAUGGGAACCGCGCUGUCACAGGAGAAAAAUGAAGUGGGGAAAGGUGCCGGCCCUCUUAAAUCCCUGGAAGUCCCCUUGAGCCAUCUUGAGAGACAAUGGCCUCCUGCUUAUGAGUCUGCUUCCAAGAAGAAAGCAGCAAUCAGCAAUGAGAAUACAGAUCCCCAAACUUUGAAGAAUGAAGUUCUCACUGGCCGUCCUGGUUCCCCUAACCUGCAUGUACACUGCUCCAGGAGUGCAGUAUGGCCACCUGUGGAGCACGAGGAGGAGGGUGGGUUUUCAGAAAAGUCAAGCGAGUGGAGCUCAGAGGAAGAGGAGCCAGUGAAAAAGGCAGGGCCUGUCCAAGUCCUGAUUGUCAAAGACGACCAUUCCUUUGAGUUAGAUGAGGCGGCAUUGAAUCGAAUCCUUCUCUCCGAGGCUGUCAGGGACAAAGAGGUGGUUGCUGUGUCUGUUGCUGGAGCCUUUAGAAAAGGAAAGUCUUUCCUGAUGGACUUCAUGUUGCGAUACAUGUACAACCAGGAAUCAGUUGAUUGGGUUGGAGAUUACAAUGAACCACUGACUGGAUUUUCAUGGCGAGGUGGGUCUGAACGAGAGACCACGGGAAUCCAGAUAUGGAGUGAAAUCUUCCUUAUCAAUAAACUCGAUGGUAAAAAGGUUGCAGUAUUACUGAUGGAUACUCAGGGAACCUUUGACAGUCAGUCAACUUUGAGAGAUUCGGCCACAGUAUUUGCCCUUAGCACAAUGAUCAGCUCAAUACAGGUAUACAACUUAUCCCAAAAUGUCCAGGAAGAUGACCUUCAGCACCUGCAGCUUUUCACAGAGUAUGGCAGGCUGGCAAUGGAAGAGACAUUUCUGAAGCCUUUUCAGAGUCUGAUAUUUCUUGUUCGAGACUGGAGCUUCCCGUAUGAAUUUUCAUAUGGAGCUGAUGGUGGUGCCAAAUUCUUGGAAAAACGUCUCAAGGUCUCAGGGAACCAACAUGAAGAACUGCAGAAUGUCCGAAAGCACAUCCAUUCCUGUUUUACCAACAUUUCCUGUUUUCUGCUACCUCAUCCUGGCUUGAAAGUAGCUACCAAUCCAAACUUUGAUGGGAAACUAAAAGAAAUCGACGAUGAAUUCAUCAAAAACUUGAAAAUACUGAUUCCUUGGUUACUUAGUCCUGAGAGCCUAGAUAUUAAAGAGAUCAAUGGGAAUAAAAUCACCUGCCGAGGCCUGGUGGAGUACUUCAAGGCUUAUAUAAAGAUCUAUCAAGGUGAAGAACUACCACAUCCCAAGUCCAUGUUACAGGCCACAGCAGAAGCUAACAAUUUAGCAGCUGUCGCAACUGCCAAGGACACAUACAACAAAAAGAUGGAAGAGAUUUGUGGUGGCGACAAACCAUUUCUGGCCCCUAAUGACCUGCAGACCAAGCACCUGCAGCUGAAAGAAGAAUCUGUCAAGUUAUUCCGAGGGGUGAAGAAGAUGGGUGGGGAAGAAUUCAGCCGACGUUACCUGCAGCAACUGGAGAGUGAAAUAGAUGAACUCUACAUCCAGUACAUUAAGCACAACGACAGCAAAAAUAUCUUCCAUGCAGCUCGCACGCCAGCCACACUGUUUGUUGUCAUCUUUAUCACAUAUGUGAUUGCUGGUGUGACUGGAUUCAUUGGUUUGGACAUCAUAGCUAGCCUAUGCAAUAUGAUAAUGGGACUGACCCUAAUCACAUUGUGCACCUGGGCGUAUAUCCGGUACUCUGGAGAAUAUCGAGAGCUGGGCGCUGUAAUAGAUCAGGUAGCUGCAGCUUUGUGGGAUCAGGGAAGUACAAAUGAGGCUUUAUACAAGCUUUACAGUGCAGCAGCAACCCACAGACAUCUGUAUCAUCAAGCUUUUCCUGCACCAAAGUCAGAACCUACUGAACAAUCAGAAAAGAAGAAAAUUUAAUCCAAUUUAAAAAAAAUACAGGUGCAUGACCAUUUGUCAGUUAAAUAUAAAAUUUUUGUUUCCAUGCAAACAUUAAAGUGCUUCCAUCAGAAAAAGUAAAAUACCAAACAGCUCUGAGGACUGCAAAAACAGUUUAGUUCUUUUACUUCAGUGUUUAAUAAGCAGACGUAUGUGUGCAUGGUUAUUUGUUAACAUGUACAGUUUUCUGAAUUUUGUCUUUAAAUAUGCUGUUACCAUUUCAGGUAUUUCUAAAUCUAUGAGGACAGUAGAUGUGUCCUGCUUGACUUUACAAAGUUCUACUACUGGGUUACAAUUAAAUUAUGUAGUGUUAUUACACCAAGUUUGCAUAUAUUUAAUUAGUUUUCAUUAAGUUAUUUCACAUAGCUAUUUGUUAAAGCACAGCAUCAUAACUCAGCAGGCUUUAGUCUAUGUAAUCUUAUACCACAGGCUCUUAUUUUGAAAUAUAUUUAAGAGCUUAACAGUGCUUUACCAAAAACUAUUCAUUUUCUUUUAUAGUUAUAACUUAAUAUAGAAUGUAAAUCUCUUGAUCAAAAAUGCACAAAAAACUCUGUAAAUAUUGUUUGAGUUUCACCGCAUCGUAUAUUUUUUCAUUUGGUACACAAGAAAUGUAUUCUUCCUAAGUUUAUUCUUUUAACAUGUGAGCUAUUAAAAUUUGCUCUGGUUCCUAACAUUAAACAAAUGCUUACUAAAUCUA